AGAGGUGCUGAUGACUACUAGUAAUGCAUUCCAAGGAGGUUAAAAAGGAUUCUUUGGUGUAACUUAGUGGGCGACCUAAAGGUCGUUGACCUUGUUCGCUAGUCACCAGCCACGAGCAUUAACUUGAAUUUGCUAGUAUUUACAUGCAAGUAUCCUUAGAGAUACAUAGAAAUAGACAUGUACCAAUUACAUUUGUAUAGAACCUAUCUGAGUAUCAUGACAUGAUAGCCAGCUCAGGUAGACAGGGUAGCUCGCCAGCCCAGACUAGCUAUAGAGCUAGUUCUUUCCGUAAACCCAAAAAAACAAGACCUCAAACGUUAAACAAAUUUUACAUACUAAGAGUGAGAGCCUUAAAUUUUACAAUCUAUUCAACAACAUUCGAAUUCUGGUAAGUUAAAAAUGUUGUAUUUGAUGUUAGCAAAAUUAUGUUUUCCAUCUUUGAAGAUAACAUGCUUUUGGCGGAAUAAAGUUUCUAAAACUAUGCAAGUUAGAUUUGAACCUCCUUGACAUGGAAUUAAAGAUGGCGGCUUCUCGUAGCAACAGAACGCCUGGGGGCGAGGAGAAAAAGUCGUCUGCUAAUUAUAACGGGAUAACCUCCUCGCGGACUCCAAGACAUCGAACUCCCUGUCCCAACGGCUUCUUCAGACAAAUCCUAGACGAAGACGACAGACUGUUGAGCAUAAAGGAAGCAGAUAAGAGGGCAUUUGUGGACCCUUUCUUCUGCAACUGUCUUCACUGUCAGGAGUUCUACUCCAAACACCUACCUGCCAACAUCAGAGAUGUGCUGGUCCUGCCAGGCUUUAAACCAUCUAAAAGGUCUAUGCUGUUGGUGGACAGAUUUAAGAAGUACCCACAACACCCCUCAUGGAUUAAACUCGGGGAUAGGGUCAUAGUUCAAGGCAGAUAUCCAGGUUUUGUAAAAUAUGUGGGUGUACUAGAUGAAGAUGACUUGGCUGCUGAGCUGUAUGUAGGAGUCAAGCUUGAUGACCCAGUCGGUAUGGAGGACGGCUUCUGGAACAACAAGUUCUAUUUUGCCUGUCCGAAGGGUCACGGGGUCAUGGUCAGGUACAGCGAGGUGCGGAAGGUGUGUCCCCCCACGCGCCGCCCCAGGACGGCGUACUCCGACUGGAGAUACUACCACAUCCCUGGUCAGAGGAGGAGCAGGAGUGCAAGUGACCCAGGCUCAACUGUAUCAGACACGUCCAGUACUAGUGAUAGAUUCAAGAGUCACAACUCGGACCCAACUAGUCUCCAGUCUACAAACUCCAGGAGGACAUCUUCUCAUCUCAGGGAUGAUCCAAGAAGAAACUUACACAGAGACAAAACAUCUUCAACCACAGUGUCUUCCUCUUACCCAAGCAGCAGGCAUCAAAAGCAGAACGCAAGGAAAGAGGGUUCUCUACAGGAAGGCACGAGGAGAGAAAACAGCAACUUUAAGUCCUUAUCAACUGUGGAGCUGAGAAUGCAGGACUGGAGAACACAGUACGGGGAGGAUCAGGCCAGGAGAAUGAGCGCCGCGCUCACAAACCUCCAGCUGGCCUGGGAGAAAGGCAAAGAAGAGACACAGAAAAUGCCCGUGGCACCACAAAAGAAGUGAUACAUGUACUGUAAAAUUGCAAAAACUUUUUACCUUUUCAUACUUGUAGAGCACUACAGCAUUGUUCAAGCGAGUUUUUCAAACACUGUGAAACUGCGAAAUUAAACCACCGUGAAAAAAUGCAUUUAUGGUAUAUCGAAAGUAAGAUAGAACUACAAAAGUUGUAGAAAUGCAAUGACAUUACCUCAGAGCCUAUAUUGUUUUGUACAGCUUCCACAGUACAGCUAGCAAUAGUACUGGCAUUGGCUAUAACAUAACCAUGACUUUAUUGUAAGAAAUUCUACAAUGCCAGAAUAACUGACUUAAUAUGGAUAUUAUUCAUAUUCAAGUGUAUUGUUGUGGAACAGCUGAUAAUGAGUU